CUUUAACAAGUUGCAGGCAGACGGAGUAAAGCGAAAGGGAAGUCGUGCCGCGCGUGCCCAGUUAUGGUGUCACCUGGCACAUAAAAGUGGUAGCUCACCGGUUAAAGAUUCAGAGUGGGCUCCUACAACAUCCAAAUGUGACCAUGGUGAAUUCGUCCGUUAGCACGGUGGUCAACGCGACAGUUGACGAGGGCAACUUUCAACGAGACUUGUAUCGUGUAGUCGUGCCUAUGAUGUUAAGUGCGUGUCUGUUGGCUGCAUUCCUUAACAUCCUUAUUUUACUCUCCGCACAUUGGGUCAGGCGCUCUCUGUCGCCUACUCUUUACUUCAGCUUGAGUUUGGCCCUGACAGACGCCUACAAUUCCAUUAUUCUCGGAACCGGAUUGAUUAUAAACAGUUUAUUACCUAUUGUAUACUCGGUGUACUUUAUGGGAUCUUUUUACCGAUGUUCGGCUCUAAUUUUAGAGGCAUUUCGUAUGACGGGUUUAAUGGUCUCCGUCUUACACCUGUUAGCACUCGCCGUUAAUCACUACAUAGGAAUAUUACGUCCGUUACAUUACGCAGCUACCGUCACCAGAAGAGGUGCGGGGAUUACCAUAAUUAUCAUGUGGAUCGUCCCCGUUGUGUUCUUUUUUAUAUACUUCUCGAGUGUCCCGGGACAGGGAUUUCUAUCUUUAAGAUGCCAGAAUAUGGACUUUCUCAUCUACAGAACAUUUCACCUGACAGUAUCGCUGCUCUUCUUCUUCCCUCUCAUACUGUUGAGCUUCAUUUACGUACACAUAUACUUAGUGGUUCGCCAGCAUCAGAGAGGACUCCUUAGUUUCCCAUCUGCCAGACAGUUUCAUAAAAAUGUCAAAGCCAUCAUUACUACUCUACUCAUUCUAGGAACUUACUUACUGGGAUGGAUACCAGCCGUGUUUACCUUUGUUUUGAUAUGUAAGGAUUGUGUGGUACCGUUUCACACAGUAUCUAAGGAUAUCUUACUGGGUGCCGCCAUCUUCUCUAAUGCUAUGAUCGUACUGAAGUGUCUGAUAAAUCCUAUCAUAUACGCCGCUAGAAUGCCAGAAAUUAAAGAGGCUCUGAAAGUCAUGUUUAACACCAGAUGCGGAUUGAAUAUGACUUCUACACAAAAUAGCCUCUUAUCUAGAACGGAUACUUUCACCUCUAGUUUACGUUUGAUAUCGUUCAGAAGAGAUUGUUACCGUAACUGUAGCAGCGGAAAUGGUAACGCAGUAACAACCUACGUGGACAGAACUGGUACUAUCAGGCUACAACUACCGCACAACAAUCACUAUCCGCUGUAAGCUUCUAUUUUCGUGUCGAUAUUCUUUACGAAAAAAGUACAAAACAUAAUUAUAUAUUGAAAUAUAUAAUAUAUAUAAAUUAAUCUUUAUUUAUGGAAAUUUCUCUUUCCCUGUCUUUCUCUCUUCGUCGCGAAUGUAUUUUGUUAUGAAGUUGUAAAAAAGUAAGUG